ACCUAGCACUAGGUGGAUGUGCAAUCCUGCGUUUUUUCCAGCUCCCAGCUCCCGCCGGAUACAUAGGCAGGAGCAUGUGGAAAGGUCAUGUCUGUCAGAGGGGCACUGACCUUCUGAUGGUGUUACUCAAGGUGAAUGUUGGAGGACACAGUCGGCAAUGCUGCCCAAGUCCCGGCGAGCCCUAACCAUCCAGGAGAUCGCUGCGCUGGCCAGAUCGUCCCUGCAUGGUAUUUCCCAGGUGGUGAAGGACCACGUAACCAAGCCCACAGCCAUGGCCCAGGGCCGUGUGGCUCACCUCAUCGAAUGGAAGGGCUGGAGCAAGCCCAGUGACUCACCUGCAGCUCUGGAAUCAGCCUUUUCCUCCUACUCAGACCUCAGCGAUGGCGAACAAGAGGCUCGCUUUGCAGCAGGAGUGGCCGAGCAGUUUGCUAUUGCAGAAGCUAAGCUCCGAGCGUGGUCUUCUGUGGAUGGUGAUGACUCCACCGAUGACUCCUAUGAUGAGGACUUCACUGGGGAACUGACUCAGGCUGUCUCUUUUUUUCUUCCCUUCACAGACAUGGCUGGGUCUCUGGGGCCCCACCUCCAGGACCUCUUCACAGGUCGUCGGUUUCCCGGCCCCGUGCGUCAGGGCUCCGUGGAGCCUGAGAGCGACUGUUCCCAGACCGUCCCAGAUACCCUGUGCUCUAGUCUGUGCAGCCUGGAGGAUGGGUUGCUGGGCUCCCCAGCCAGGAUGACCUCUCAGAUGUUGGGUGAAGAGCUGCUCCUUGCCAGACUGCCCCCCAGCCGGGAAAGUGCCUUCCGCAGCCUGGGCCCUUUGGAGGCCCAGGACUCACUUUACAGUUCACCGCUCACGGAAUCCUGCCUUUCCCACCCGACGAGGAGGGAGCCUGAUUCGUGCAAGGACUGCCAGCUGCUCUGCCCGCUGCCUGGCGGCAGCUGGGAAAGGCAGCAGCAAGUCUCUGAUGUGGCCUCUUCUGGGGUCGUAUCCUUAGAUGAGGAUGAGGUGGAGCCCGAGGACCAGUGAUCCAGACAUGCCCGGUGUGGCAUGUUUCCCCUGGCUGCUGCCAGGGGCACAGCCUCUGCGGCCAAAGUGUGGGCUCUGGAGCUCCGAGGGCUUCUGGGAGCGCUCACUUCUCCAUUGUGUGUUUUGCAUGAAAGUGUUUGGAGAGGAGGCAGAGGCCAGGCUAGGGGCGCAUGUACUGCUUCCACUCUUGGGGGUUUGCCGGGGCUUGCCCGGGACCCCUGGGGCAUGGCUACAGCUGUGGCAGACAGUGACGUUCAUGUUUCUUGAAUCCAAAAUGCCACAUUUCCUCCUGGGAUGUGAACCUGGGCUGGGAGGGUGGGACUGAGGAAGCCUGGCCAUCUCCUCACCCUUCCUCGUGCCCCUUCUCCUCCGCUUCUCUCUUCACCCAAGUCCACGUGCAGUGCUUGACUGAACCGCCUCCCCCUGUGGGGCUGGCUCGUGGCCUCCUGGAGUCUACGGAUUGAGCCAUCCCCUAAGGGUCCCCUAACCACCUGGCCCCGCUGUGCUUCACCUUGCCAUUGUCUCUAAACCUUUUUUUCCUAAAGACAGGGGGUUUCUGGUCUGUUCUUUGAGCCGAUCUUCUCUGGGAGGCACUGGAAUGAUGAAAGGGUGUGUCCUCCCCCUCUGUUCUCCUCGGCCCCUCCCUCCCCUCAGCUCUGGCCCUCUCCCAGCAUGGCAAGGUCCUGUGGGCACAGACAGUUCUCAGUAGGUUGGAACUGGACAAAGGAAAUGGGUCUGGCUGUUAGAGCUGGGAGUGCCACAAGGGGGCCACCUGGGUAGCCAGGAGAUCUGUGCCAAUGAAUGGAGAGUCCUGAGGGCUAUCGUUGGGAAAGAGGGCAGUGGGUUUUCUUGGCUGAAUGGAAGGUUGUAGCCACAGGGUUAGGAGCCUGAUCCAGGAAAGGUGUUGCAGAUGAGGGCAGCGGAGGCCUCUGGCAGAUCCUAUAUUGCUGGGACACGGGUUGAUAGUAGGCUGUGGACUGAAGUCUAAGGCUUGGGCAGGUAAGGGGAUCCAAGAGGAAAACAUGAGCCAACAGCACAAGUGUUUCUAUACAUGAGUGGCUAAUUAGGUGUUUACUUUAUUCUAUUUAUUGUUUUAUUAAAUUAAUAUAAAAAUCUUUGUAAAUUUCUAUAUA